GACCCACUAAACCCUAAAAUAAAUAACAACGAUCGUGGGACCAAAAUUGUAGUUUACUUUGAAAUUAGCCUACAACGACAUUAAUCUUGAAAAAGGGGCUUCUCGUUUCACACUAUUCAUGGCGUCGUCGGUGAAGCGGGAACGCUCUUUAGCAGACAAAAACCCUUCGUCGGGGAAGAAAUCAAGAGUCAAUUACGGUGAUCAUUCGCUAGUCGGAUCUUCGCUACACCCGAUCACCAAGCAUCGAGUCGUUCUUAACCCUGCAGAUUGUGAUCUAGAUUUCAAUAUUGAAGGAAAUGGUCUUAAAGGCUCAGCACUUUAUGAGAACGGAUUCGCUUAUUGCUGGUCCGGGGCCCGCGCCACCAUAGGCAUAACCAGAGGAAAGUAUUGCUUUAGUUGCAAAAUAGUCUCAAACCAACCCGUUGAAAUUGACGAAACUACCCUUGACCAAAAACACCUCUGUCGUGUAGGCAUCUCUAAUGCAAACAACAAAGUAGGAAACUUAGGGGAAACCGAGCACAGUUUCGGGUUUGGUGGAACAGGAAAGUUUUCUAAUUUUGGAAAGUUUUCAUCUUAUGGAGAAAGAUUCAAUAUUGGAGACACAAUUCUUUGUGCAGUAGAUAUGGAAAGUAAACCGAUGUGUAGUAUUGGAUUUGCCAAGAAUGGAAAGUGGUUAGGGAUCGCAGGGUAUUUUAAUGGAGGAGGGGUAGAAUCGUACUUUCCACAUGUGUUGUUGAAAAACGUUGUGGUUGAGAUGCAGUUUGGUUAUGAUGAUGGUUUGAUUCCAUUACAUGGGUAUAGACCAUGGGCAUGUGCUUUUGAAGAUGGAAAUGGAUUGGUGGGACCCACGUUUUCUAAUGUGUGUGAUUGUGAAUUGAUUAUGAUGGUUGGGUUGCCUUCUUCUGGGAAGACAACUUGGGCUGAAAAAUGGGCAAAUGAUCACCCUGAUAAAAGUUAUAUUCUUCUUGGAACAAAUUUGGCUCUUGAUCAAAUGAAGGUUCCUGGUUUACUUCGGAAGCAAAACUAUGGGAAGAGGUUUGAUCACUUAAUGGAGCAUGCAACUGAUAUAUUUAAUACCUUGUUAACAAGGGCUUCCAAAACACCAAGAAAUUUCAUUAUAGAUCAAACAAAUGUCUACAAAAGUGCUCGAAAGCGCAAAUUGAAGCCUUUUGCUAAUUUUCAAAAGAUUGCAGUUGUGGUUUUUCCAAGGAUGGAAGAACUUAAAGCUCGCAGUGAGAAAAGUUUUAGAGAAUUGGGAAAGGAAGUUCCUGUUGAAGCUGUUAAUCAAAUGCUAGCCAAUUUUGUUUUGCCUAAGACCAAGGAUAUGCAUGGAACUGAUGAGUAUUUUGAUCAGGUCAUAUACAUAGAACUCAACAUGAUGGAAUCAAACAGAUGCUUAGAUGAAAUGAAAGCAAAACUACAAUCCACCACUACCAUCUCUCCUUAUUCUUCUCAUAAAAGCAGCAAUCCUGUAAGCAGCUACCCACAGGAGCAUGUCAUGCAGCCUCACCGACUCUCAACACAUCAAAAUCCUCUUCAAAGUCGUAAUCAAGGAGGAUCUUAUUCGUAUCCAUCUCAAACUGCAUUGCCUAAUAGGGGAAGCAACAACAGAUUUGUACCUAGAGAUGAUCUGAAUCACCGCCGUAGUUACAGUGGGUAUGAGCACAGAGCAUCAUCCGCCCCCAUGGGUAUGGGUAUUUCCGUCUUUUCUCAAAAAAACUCAUACCACCAUACGUCCACUCCCACCCAUGAAACCAUGGAUAUAUCUCCUCGCUACUCUACCCCACACCUCAACUAAAUCCUGAGGAGGAGGAUUCUUAAUACUAUUAGUUAACUCUAACUCUUAAUUAUUACUUGGUUAUGAUAUUGAUAUGAAUAUGAUGAUUGAUGAGAUGUAGUUUUUACAUUGAUGAUCCGUAUGUAUGUAUGUAUGUAUGUAUGUAUGUAUGAGAUGGUAAUGGUUUUUUAGCUUAAUAUUAAAUCCUAGUUGGUAUAUAUUGAUGAGAUGUAUUUUUUACUCUAAGAUUUAACGAAUUAUUUGCAAGAAAAAGUAAUAACGGAUGAUGGACGGG